UGGUAACCGUUGUGUCAACUAAAAAAAGUUAUGUUUACGAAACCGAAUGGCGGCGCACGAGAAUUUUGAAGUCGCUAAUAAAUUUAAAUGAAAAGUUGUAUUAUAUUUUUAAUAUUAUUAUUUUUAGUGUUCAGUGAUGGGUAAUUGUGUUGGUUUAUUUAGACGGCGCAAAAUGCGUCGUCAUAUUGUUUUAAUUAUGAUCGGAUUAGACAACGCGGGUAAAACGAAAACUGUUAAUAAUUUAGCGGGCGAAAAGGACGAUAGAGUUUUACCUACGGUCGGUUUUAAGGCUGUUAAUUUAAUUCAUAAAGAUACGCCAGUAACUAUAUACGAUUUGGGUGGCGGGCCGCAGUUUAGGCAAAUAUGGCCUCAAUAUUAUAGCGAGGUGCAUGGUGUGAUAUUUGUUAUCGAUUCCAGUGAUUUUUCACGGUUGGAUGAAUGUAAAUCUGUCCUAGAGGAGGUUUUAUCGCACGACAAAAUAUCUGGUAAACCUGUCUUAGUAUUGGCUAAUAAGCAAGACAAAAGAGGUGCUUUGGACGAUAUAGAUGUAGUUGAAAAGCUGAACAUUGAACCAUUAGUUAACAGGUACAGGUGUCCAACGUUAGUUGAAUCGUACAGCGCUAGUCCGUACGAUUCAAAGUCAAGCAAAAUUAAAAUCGAUCCAGGACUUCGAAAAGGCUACCACUGGCUCCUAAACUACAUUGUUCGCCGUUACGGCGAUAUAAACUUGCGCGUACAAACUGACAUACAUGCAGAACUGGAACGACGUAAACGAAUGUUAAACCGUGCGUCGAAUAGAGCUUCUCAAACUUUUACAGCAAUUAGCGACGAUAUCGCUACCCAAACUGGUUUCGAAAACCCCAACUUUGAAAUGCAAAAGUCUGAAAAUGAACAGGAGAAGAACUUAGAUGCUGGUCUAAUAAUUGUUAAACCAAUUCGAAAACCUAAUAGUAUUGACUCUACUAUUACAAUCGAAAGUGUCGAGGAAUCUGACAGCAGUGGGGUUAGGCCGAAGCUAUCCCCACUAUUCGGUAGAGCGAGUAAUACAUCAACUUCAGAGACUGUAAAGAUCGAACUGGAACCUAGAAGCGAGUUCAGGAUGCUAUCACCUAUAGUAAGAAACAAAAGUGGGGUGAAUCAUAUUGAUUUUAAGAAUAGACCCCAAUCUAGUCCAACACAUAAUAGAAAUAAGACGUCUCAAUCAAGCCAAAAUUCAUCAUUCCAAGAAACGAAAAAUACGCUAUUUGAAAAGAGUCGCUCUUUGUUACCGGAUCUGAGACACAGGGUCUUAAUCAGUGACGUUGAACUGUCGCAAAUGCAUCGAGAGAUCGUUUUGACGGAACGUGAGCGCUUGAACAAGACGGCGUCGUCGGGCGACGUGGCGGCGCGCCCCGCGUCCGCCUCGCAGCUGCUGCGGCGCCAGCUGGAGAUCUGCGGCCAGCACAAGCGCAGGCUGAGCUUGCGGUACAUGCAGCGUAAUAGAACUAGUCCGGAACGCACGUCCAUGUUAAUCUACGAACCCACCAAAGUCCAGCGGAGCCUCGACAAAGGGGACUUCGAACAAUCCGCAGCUAUUAAUUAAAUAGUUUCAAUUAAUUGACAAUUGUAAUCAAUAGGGUUUACAGUUCACGAUAUCCGAAUUUCGAUAAAACUAAUUGUGUUCGGACCGAGUAUUGUUAUUGUAGUGGCCGUAAAUGGCAAUUUAACUUUAUUUUUGGAUUUUAAAUUUGA